AUGCCCUCCGUUUCCCCUCCUGAGCCCAUGGUCGUAGACGCUGGUCAGGAGCCAGGUGAGAUUCCUCACCGCUCCUCCAAUCCCCCUAACUCUGGGAACCAUCGCCGCUCGGGCUGUAGGCGAGGCUGGGCUAAUCCCCCUCGUCGUCACGGGUUUGCGAACCCCACUCACCAUGAUGACUCCAACUCUGAUGCCCUGAACACGUUCACACGAUUCUUUAGGGCUGAGGCCCAAGCCAAAGAACUUGCUACACGCAAAGAGGCACAUGCCUUUGACCUCGAGGUCCAUGCUGAGCAUGAUUGUGAUCGCAGACGUGAGCACUCGCACCACUCCCACUCUUGUAAAAACCCCAACCUUACACUUGAUAAUCGUGGUCAUCGUCAUGAUCGACCUCUCCGGAUUCCUUCCCAAACUCGCCCUGCUCCUGCAGUACAAUCCUCCCCUCCUUCAGGCCCUUCCACGGUUGCCCAAGUCAUUGCAGCUGCAUCAGCCGCAUCAGUACCUCACCCCGCACCUCCAGCAGCGUCAUCCACCUCUCCAACCCCAGACGAGGGUCCUGACAUAGCUGACAUCAUCUCUGCCACUGAGCAGAUGGACAUUGAUAAUGCAGCACACUUCCAGGCUGAAUUCUUCGGUAAAGUUUUCGUGCUCGUAUAUCUCGUUACCCUGGUACUUACCCUCGCUGUGACCUUAGCUGCGUGGGGAUCUGUACCGCACACUGGCCCUGCCGUGGCUCCCAUGCCUGCCAGGCUUGCUUCUCCAGUGCCUAGCGCUUAG